AUGAGGUUUGGAAUUCCCCAAACAAUUACUACUGAUCAAGGCACAGUAUUUACGGGUCGAAAAGUUGCUCAAUAUGCUGAAUCUCGAGGAAUUAAAUUGAUGACUUCAACACCAUAUUAUGCACAAGAAAAUGGUCAAGCAGAAGCUGCUAAUAAGGUGGUGAUUGGACUAAUAAAGAAACAUAUCUCGGGCAAGCCUCGAAACUGGCAUGAAACUCUUGUUCAAGUAUUAUGGGCUUACAGAAAUUCUCCAAGAGAUGCUACAAAAACUACCCCAUAUAAACUGGUGUACGGGCACGAGGCUAUUUGA